AUGACCGAACCGAUCGCGCCCGUCGAGACCUCUGUCUCCAACCCCGCGCCAGCACCAGCAUCAGCAGCAUCAGCACCAGCACCGUCGCAACAAUCCCAUCCAAGUGCUGCCACCGCUCUCGAGCAAGUCCUCGUCCCGCGCAUUGCCAUCGAGUUUUGUACGCAGUGUCGAUGGAUGUUGCGUGCUGCAUAUUUCGCCCAGGAACUCCUCUCGACCUUCAGCACAGACCUCGGCGAAGUCGCCCUCGUGCCGCGGACCGGCGGCAUCUUCCGCGUGACGAUACGGCAUGCCUCGCAGACUGAGACUGAGACUGCGACAACACAAGAAUCGGUGUUGUGGGAUCGGAAACGGGAUGGGGGAUUUCCUGAAGUCAAGGCUCUCAAAUCCCUUGUUCGCAAUGUCAUCGACCCGGACCGCGAUCUAGGCCAUACGGAUCGGGCAUUGAAGAAGAAGCAGGAGGAGAGCCAGCAGAAGACUGAAAUCAAGCCUCAACAAGAAAAAGAGAAAUGUGAAGAUUGUUCAUGA